GGAAACAUUUAUCAAGUUACACUGAGGACUCCAUCUGUUAUCUUAGACCGUUGUUACCAAGUGACACAGAGCAGAUACUUGAAGGCAGUUUGAAAGAAUUUUGUUUUAUAGAUUCUUAGUCCAAAGAUUUCCAAUUAGGGAGAAGCAGCAGCAGAAAAGGAGAAAAACCAAGUACGAGUGAUGAAGAGACAUUCAUCUACUGACAUUUAACCUGGUGAGAACUGUCGAUGGUGAAGUUGCCUUUUCAGCUGGGAUCUGUCCAUUCAGCUUCUGUAAUAAAUGCAGUCACAGGGGCAGUCCCUUCCCAUUGCUCACAAAGGUCUUGUGUUUAAACCUCGCCCUCACAGAGGCUGUUUCUCAUCAUGCCAAGCCAACAGAAGAAAAUCAUUUUUUGCAUGGCUGGAGUGUUAAGCUUUGCAUGUGCCCUCGGAGUUGUGACAGCCUUGGGGACACCGUUGUGGAUCAAAGCCACUGUCCUCUGCAAAACGGGAGCUCUGCUCGUCAAUGCCUCAAGGCAGGAGCUGGACAAGUUUAUGGGUGAAAUGCAGUACGGGCUUUUCCACGGAGAGGGCGUGAGGCAGUGUGGGUUAGGAGCAAGGCCCUUUCGGUUCUCAUUCUUUCCAGAUUUGCUCAAAGUGAUCCCAGUGAGCAUCCACGUCAAUGUCAUUCUCUUCUCUGCCAUCUUUAUUGUGUUAACCAUGGUGGGGGCAGCCUUCUUCAUGUACAAUGCUUUUGGAAAACCCUUUGAAACUCUGCAUGGUCCCCUAGGGUUGUAUCUGUUGAGCUUCAUUUCAGGCUCCUGCGGCUGUCUUGUCAUGAUACUGUUUGCCUCUGAAGUGAAAAUCCACCAUCUCUCAGAAAAAAUUGCAAAUUAUAAAGAAGGGACUUAUGUCUACAAAACACAAAGUGAAAAAUAUGCCAUCUCAAUCUGGGUCAUUUUCAUUUGCUUUUUUGUUCAUUUUCUGAAUGUGCUCCUAAUACGACUUGCUGGAUUUCAAUUCCCUUUUGCAAAAUCUAAAGACUCAGAAACAACUAAUGUAGCUGCAGAUCUAAUGUACUGAAAGGCAAACCUUUCUAUAAUUUUACAAGUAAGGGAGUAGACUUGGUCAUUUUUAGAGGUAGUUAAUUUUGUAUAUAUUAUGUACAAUUUAGUCUGCAUACAUUAAAGUAUCAGGACCCUCU